UGGACCUAGAGGAGGAGGAGGAGGAGGAGAAGAAGGGGAAGAAGGAGGAAGGAGAAGGAGAAGCAGCAGCAGCAGCAGCAGCAGCAGCCGCCAGCAGCAGCCGCAGUCGCAGCAGCAGCAGCAGCCGCCAGCAGCAGCAGCAGCAGCAGCAGCAGUAGCAGCAGCAGCAGCAGCAGUAGCAGCAGCAGCAGCAGCAGCAAGCAGCUUCAGCAGCAGAAGCAGAAACAGAAGCAGGAGAAGGCAGAGGAGGAGCAGCCGCUGCCAGUCGGGCAGGCACCCAGGCGCCUGCCUGCCUGCAGCACAAGUAGCCACGGGCGCGAUCGGGGCCAGUAGUCUCCUCCUCCAUGAUCACUUUGGGGGCCGGGAGCAGACUUUGCCCGGACGUGAGAGCUGGUCUGCGUAUCUCAAGGCGCGGCGGCGGCGGAGCGGGGUCGGGCGCGGUGCAGCGGCGGCCCGGGGAGUGUGCGCCCCGCGCAGGCAGAGCUCGAGCUCGGGCUCCCCUCGGAAUGUCCCCGGGGCGCCCCGCGCGCUGACCCCCCAGCAGCCUCCGCCUUCUGCUCCCGGUCCUGCCGCCGCCGCUGCUGUAACUAUAGCCGCCGCCGCAGCCGCCGCCGCCGCCGCAGCCGCCGCCGUUUUUCUCUCCGCCAGCCUUCGCCCUCGGGGCUCCGAGCUCUUCGGCCCUGGGGAAGAAGGGAACUCCCGGGGGGUGGGUGAAACCAGUCACGAUCAAGCCCUCUGGAAUACGGCUCGCGCUUAAGAUGGCAGCGGACGCCGGAGACCUAAUCGGGGCUUCUGAGUUCUUGAAAGAUCGCUUAUAUUUUGCUACUUUAAGGAAUAGACCAAAAAGCACAAUAAAUACCCACUAUUUCUCCACCGAUGAGGAGCUGGUCUAUGAAAAUUUCUAUGCAGAUUUUGGACCUCUGAACUUGGCAAUGGUAUACAGAUAUUGCUGUAAACUUAACAAGAAACUAAAGUCAUACAGUUUAUCAAGAAAGAAAAUUGUGCACUACACAAGUUUUGAUCAACGAAAGAGAGCGAAUGCUGCAUUUUUAAUAGGUUCUUAUGCGGUAAUCUAUUUAAAGAAGACACCAGAAGAAGCCUACAGAGCACUCAUAGCUGGCUCAAAUCCCCCCUAUCUUCCAUUCAGGGAUGCCUCCUUCGGAAAUUGUACAUACAAUCUCACAAUCCUGGACUGUUUGCAGGGAAUAAGGAAGGGAUUGCAGCAUGGGUUUUUUGAUUUUGAAUCCUUUGAUGUGGAAGAAUACGAACAUUACGAGCGGGUUGAAAACGGUGACUUCAAUUGGAUUGUUCCAGGAAAGUUUUUAGCAUUUAGUGGACCACAUCCCAAAAGCAAAAUCGAAAAUGGUUAUCCCCUUCAUGCCCCUGAAGCCUACUUCCCUUAUUUUAAAAAGAAUAACGUGACUACAAUUAUUAGGCUGAAUAAAAAGAUCUACGAGGCAAAACGAUUCACAGAUGCAGGUUUUGAGCACUAUGACCUCUUCUUCAUAGACGGCAGCACACCGAGUGAUAAUAUUGUUCGACGAUUCUUAAAUAUAUGUGAAAACACUGAAGGAGCAAUUGCUGUACAUUGCAAAGCUGGUCUUGGGAGAACAGGAACAUUGAUAGCCUGUUAUGUAAUGAAGCACUACAGGUUCACACAUGCUGAAAUCAUUGCAUGGAUAAGAAUUUGCCGGCCAGGUUCUAUUAUUGGACCCCAACAGCACUUCCUGGAAGAAAAACAAGCAUCAUUGUGGGUUCAAGGAGACAUUUAUCGUUCCAAACUGAAAAACAGACCAGCCAGCGAAGGAAGCAUAAACAAGAUUCUAUCUGGUUUGGAUGAGCUGUCAAUUGGUGGAGGCUUGUCCAAAGUACAAACCUUGGACAGAUAUGGAGAGGGGAGUACUGACGAUGAUGUAGAAUUGGACAUUAAAAACUCCAUGACACAGGGAGACAAACUUCGUGCCUUAAAAAAUCAGAGACAGCCUCGCACUUCAACAUCUAGUGUACUUAAUCGAUUGGAUGAUGUGAGACUACACUCCAGAUCAAUGUCACAGCCUCACAGAGUGAGCACUUCACAAGGCAGCAUAUCUCCUUUGAAGCCCUCCAAGGGGAUAUUGUCCCCAUCAGCCUCUGCCAAGAGAAUAAAUAGAAGUUCAUGCUCCUCAGGCUCCAGCACAAGAAGCUUUUCCAUAAAUACUCGACUAGCCAGUUCUCUAGGGAACCUGCAUGCUGCAACAGAUGAUUCAGAGAGCAAAAAGGCCACACCGCCCACUAGGACAGGUUAUACAGUCAACCAUUUCUCCAACCACUUGAAUGGCAGCUCACAGUCACCUGCCAGAAAUUACCAUGAGCUCAACAACAACCAGUACAACCGGAGCACCAGUGCUGGCAGCACCCUGAACAGCCACGCCACCCUACACAGCGCCAAGGCAGAUGAGUACAUCUUCCGACCUUACACUGGCCUCUCUGCUUCUUCAUCAAGAUUCCUGAGCCGUUCCAUCCCUUCCCUUCAGUCUGAAUAUGUUCAGUACUAAAGCCUUGCUGCUUCGAUGAAAGCUGCUCAGCCCUUAGAAAUUCGUUUCUUCAUGAGGAGGAACAAUGUUGAGGGAAAGCAACCGCUCACUGGGAGGAGAUCUCUGCAUUCUUAACCUUAAAAUUAAAGAAAGCACUCAGAUCAGACCUCAAGGAGAGACUUUGAAACCAGAAAGCUCUGGUUAAUGACUACUGUAAAUGCACUGAAAUUGUUUAUGGAGAUGUCAAUGAUUAUGUGGCUGUGUUUUUUAAAGGAAAUUUCCAUGUUGAGCCUGGUGAUUUGAAGGAUUAUUUUUAAUGUAUUUCAGUAAUACACUUGUUAUUACAUUUUCUGUACAGUGUUAUGUAUGUAUUGUCAAGCUAAAGACUAUUUUGGUAAAUUUAUAAAUAUGUAAUUGUGUAAAGAUUAGAAUAUAUUUUGAUUUAGAUUUUCUUGCUAUUUGCUACCAAAAAUAUGUAUUUUGAACUUGCUAGGAUGAUUUUAUCUAUGAUGAAUAAAUAUUUUCUCAUAAUUAAAAAGGGUGUGGGAGAAAAGAACAGAAGGAAAGGGAUGAUUUUAUGGAUCCACUAUAAAUAUUAUGUGACUAGUUCAGUUCUUUGGGUAAUCAGUCUGUUUAGUUAUUAAGGCUGUCACUACCAAACAAGUGUAGUUAGUUGGUAUGGUGCCAGUUUUUCUUUUUUUUCUCUUCAUGUGUUUGGAUGCCUCCCCAUUCAUUUUCUGUGCAUCAUGGUAUUCCUUGUUUUUUAAGCUUAACAUCUGGCCACAGAUGAAAGUUAACUAUACAUUCCUCCUUAAAACACAAGCCUUUCUCUACCAGGUGUCAGUGAAACAUUCCCCGAAUUUUGUAUUUAAAUUUGUUUUCAAAAGAAAUUUUCCCAGAUUAGAUUUUGUUUCCCAUAUAUGAGGUUGUUGUUGCCUAUAAUCAGACAUGUUCUCUCAGUAGCUUUAAAUCACAAAGGGGCACAAAUUCAUGAGAUGCUGCUAUUUGUUAAGUUCAUUUAAAAAAAUUUUAAGAGUACAAAAGUUUGAUGCAUAUUUGGACAUGUUAGCAAUAUUUUUGAGUGGCCAUUAGUAUACAUUAUUAUAGUUCUCUUUAAUAAACUUAAUCAUGCAUUUAUUUUAUUUAUCACUAUCCCUAAACAAUAUUUGCUUUGGGAAAAACAACCAUGGUCCUUAAAUGCUCUUUCAGCUAUCCUUAGACUAGCAUAAGAAACGUGAGCAGGAAAGAUUCAUAGUACUUUACUCCAAUCCUUGGGAUUAAUCCUAUUACAUUUAUUUUUGUAUGUGCAUAGUACUUACACCAACAAAAUACCCAGGUUUCAUUUUACUUGAAAAAAGAAUCAUGGAAAUACAUAUAUUUGGCUCUGAUUAGCUUAGUUUGACCUAUAAAGACUGAAUGAAAUGAACAGACUACAGAACCAGGUAAUUGCUUUAGAUUGGAUCAGAAAGGAAUCAUAAAUUUGUAGAAAUAAAAGUGGAAAAAUUCGUGAAUUCCUUUUUUAAAAGUAGAAAGAGAAAUAUAUUUGGACUAUGUGUAAUUGUCAGAAUGAUCGUGAAUGAGUACAAAAAGUCGAUGCUGUAUCAUGACUAUUGCAAAAGCAAUUUUAUGUGAAUUAUGGAAGGAAAUUCAUUUAUAUCACAAUUGCCGAGGGGUGGGAUGGGGGGUAGAGGGAAAUGAUGUUGACAACUUUGGUCUGUGAACAAUGAUUUGUGUGCAGCUAUAAUAAAAUGACUGUAAAAUUGACUACUGUAAAUGCCCAUGAUGUAUGUGUGUAUAUGUGUUAUUUGUACUGCAUAUGUGUUUCUUAAUAUUAUUUGUACACAUGUGCAUACAUAGACACACCAAAAAGUAUGUGUACAUAGUAUAGAAAAUAUAGAGCAAAAAUAAUUCUAUUCCAAUUAUAAAAAAUGUUUGACAUGUAUUUUGUUAUGAAUAGCAUACCUUCAAAGCUAUAUUUUGUUGUAUUUUGAAGUGUAGACAAAUACACUGCUCAUAAAUAAUAAAAGUUUUAUCCAUUUAAAGCA